UGGUUUACCCACGCGGUGCUUUGCUAGCAAACCUAAAAAUUGAAGCUGUUUCGACCAAUCUUGUGUAUAUUACUCUUAGUGUUUUGAACAUAAUUCUGUUUACCUAUCUACUGGUUCGCUUAAACGUAAUUUGCUUGUUAAAUUAGCAAAUGUGUUACAUUGAUACUGCACUAGGCUAAUCUCCCGGAGCAAUAAACUCACUAAUCUAGACGGAGAAAGAAACUGGUGAAAGGAGGCAAAGAAGAUUGAAGAAUGAAUAAGGAGGCGAUCACAUUGAAACAAGAGGAUGAUAUUACAGUGAAAGAGGAAUAUGGGAACGAGGUUGUCAAAGUGGAAAAAGGGGUAGGAGCUUUCAGAAUCAAGAAGGAGGAAGAACCUUUUGAAGUAAAAGAGGAGGAUUUCUCAAUAAAAGAGGAAGACGAGACCGAACAUCCGAUUACCACCAGAGAGGGACGUGACUAUCGUGGAUCCUCUGGGGAGCCUCAACAACCCCAUGAAGAGGCAGAGAAGAGUCUCUCCAGAUCAGAACACCAGAUGGACAACGCUGGCCGUUCCGUCCUCCCGGAGUCACAGUGUCGUACCUCUCCCGGGGGGAAGAAGUUGUCUCUGCUGCUGGUGGACUGCAGGAAAGCAACAGGGCUGAGUGGAACUGAGAGAGGAGGAGAGAAGAACGGAUCAGAUUUGACACAUCAAAAAAUUGAGAGUGACACGAAAGGAAUGGAUGAGGACUCUAUGAGUGAUCUGAGUUUUGAUUCCAGCGCGGAUGAAAUGUUUUUGGAAGAAGAAGAUCCACUUUUCGAUCAUGGCUCCGACUGGGAGUCCCCAGUGCCAACUUGUCCAUCCCCCUGUGAAGCUGGUUCAUCCAGCUGUCCCCCUGCUGUCUCCGGCUCCACGCCUCCCGGGCUCCUCCCCUCUAGAGGACCGGCAUUGAAGAGGAAGAGGGGAAGUGUGUCAUCCGCUAACAGAGGGACAGAAGGGCGUUGGCACACCGUCCUAGAAGACGAUGUGGAGCCACCCCAACCAACUUUUAGGCCGAAAAGGAAGCCAGGACCUCAACUAAACAUGACUGCUAAGUACAGUCCCCUUCAGCUUUUUCAGCUGUUCUUCACCCCAUCCGUUGUAGAGUCGCUCGUGUCUAACACCAAUAAGUAUGGGAAGAAGAAGCAAGCAGGCAAAAAGGCAGCAUGGAAGCCCAUAUCCACGGCAGACUUGUUCUGCUACCUUUCUCUGGUCAUCUACAUGGGGCUGGUGAGGCUGAAAAGCCUGAGGGACUACUGGAAAACGUCAUCUCUCUACCAACUGCCUUUCCCCAUGACUGUUAUGUCCUGCAAAAGGUUUCUGGAUCUCUCCCAGGCGCUUCACAUCAGUGACCCAAUGGUUGAUGAAGAGAAUGAGAAGAAGAGAGGCACAGCGAGGUUUGAUAGACUGUGCAAAAUCAAACCUCUCUACCACAGCAUUGUCGAGGCCUGCAAGACAUACUUUCAGCCAGCCCAGAACGUGUCAAUCAAUGAGAGGAUGGUGGCCUCAAAGGACAGCAUUGGCCUCCAGCAGUACGUGAGAAACAAACCAACCAAGUGUGGUUUCAAGCUGUUUGUGUUGGCUGAUUCUGAGUGUGCCUACACGUGCAAUUUCUUGGUCUACGAGGGGGAGAACAGUUUCGCUUACGGUAAGGAACUCAGCUAUGCCUCUGUAAUGGUGUUAUUGGAUUUUCAACUGCUCGGGAAGGGCUACAAACUGUUUGUGGAUAACUUCUACACAAGCCCUGCCCUGUUUGCAGACCUUAGGAAGCGGGGAGUGUGGGCUUGUGGCACCAUUCGUACCACCAGGGAGGGCUUCCCGAAGACGAAGGUGAACGACAUGCCUAAGCAUGCUGAUCGGGGGACCAUGCGAUGGAUCCGUGAAGAUGGCAUGCUGUUUGUAAAGUGGAUGGAUGCCAGAGAGGUGGUGAUGUGCUCCACAAUCCACAAGUCCUUCAAUGAGAAUUAUGUUGUCAGACGUGUGAAGGAUGGUGCUGGGGCGUGGACCACCAAAAAUGUCCCCAUUCCUGCUGCUGUGAAGGACUACAACAAGAGCAUGGGAGGUGUGGACCUAUCAAAUGCGCUAGUAGGCUAUUACAAUGUUCUCCACAAGACAAUGAAAUGGUACAAGACCUUCUUCUAUCAUUUCAUCGACAUUGCUGUGGUGAAUGCAUUCAUCCUACACAAGGAAAUGGCUAAGAGCUGUGGAAAGCCCUUCCUCUCACAGAAAGCCUUCAGAGAGCAGCUCAUCAAGGAGCUUGCUGGCUACAGCACCACUGCACCACGUUCUACCUACUCUACCUCUGUCCCUUCUGCUCCUGCCACAAGUGUUCAUCUGCCCAAAUAUAUUUGUGCAGACAUGGAUGUGCCUAAGGGCCAAAGGGGCUCAGCAUGGAGGCGUUGCUGUGUUGUUUGCAAGAAGAAGUCCCCCAUCACCUGCACAACAUGCUCAGUGACCCUCUGCUUUACAUCAGAAAGAGACUGCUAUGGCAUCUGGCAUCAGCAGCAGAACAUUGUGUAGAGCUCUGGCAUCAGCAGCAGAAUAUUGUGUAGAGCUUUGGCAAAGUGGGUGGGGUUAUAUCCUUCCUGUUUGGCCCUGUCCGGGGGUGUCCUCGGAUGGGGCCACAGUGUCUCCUGACCCCUCCUGUCUCAGCCUCCAGUAUUUAUGCUGCAGUAGUUUGUGACGGGGGGCUAGGGUCAGUAUGUUAUAUCUGGAGUACUUUUCCUGUCCUAUCCGGUGUCCUGUGUGAAUUUAAGUAUGCUCUCUCCAAUUCUCUCGUUCUCUCUUGGAGGACCUAAGCCCUUGGACCAUGUGUCAGGACUACCUGGCAUGAUGACUCCUUGCUGUCCCCAGUCCACCCGGCAUUGCUGCUGUUCCAGUUUCAACUGUUCUGCCUGCGGCUAUGGAACCCUAAACUGUUCAUUUUUACUCUUGAGGUGUGUAGCAAAAACCAAAAGAGAUCAGACCCCUCCCCCAGUAGCCGGUCCAGAUCCAGAGCCACAUCCUCUACGCUCUAAGACCAACUAUUGACUGGGGAAUGCGGGAAGAAACUGCCACAGCAGCAAGUGACCAGCAGAGGGAGCCAAAUACACAGGAACUAUAAGUACUGGACAUUAAACAAGAACCAACCUACAGGAAUACUGAGGAGGAGUGGUAGGAACAGAUCUACCAAACCAACGCCCCAACGGAAGAAUGCCUAUGGGCAUCAGUGCUGAAGGACUUAACAUUGGACUAAGUGAUACUUAAUCUAGAGCACGUUGCAAAGAAAAGUGGCAAGGACAUAAUGUAAUGGCACACUGUGUUAAGAUAGAUUGCACUCCCGAACAUCUUCCCCCAAACUGAGUGUCUAAAAGAGGUAUAAAAGGAGGAGAGAUCAGUGCCAAGACAUGAUCCUCUACCCAUAUGAUUUGGACAUCAUAGAGAAUCAUCAGAUCGGGUAAAUUACUUUCGCUAUACUCUGUUUGUAUUGACUACUUUGACAUCAAGGCGCGACUAUUGACUGGUAUAUCUUAAAGAAUUGUGUUGUACACUGGAAGCUCACUCCACUUAAAAACAGUAAGAGAACAAGGUUGUGUAAGAGAGAACUUCACCCCUCAACAGAGCGAGGCGUAGAGAACUCUUGGGAGCAACAAGUUCCAUCUUUGGAGUGCAAUCGCAGUUCGGCAAGAUUGAAACAGCCCAGAAAGAAAUAAAGCCUUGUGGAAUAGAGCUUCAAGGUAAAUAUAUGGGUGUUUGCUUUGUUUUAAGAGUUUUAGAAGUGUUUUAAGCUAAUUAUAUUUGCAAUAUUAUUUGGCAUAGUAUAGUGCAUUAAGGAUUGAUUGAGAAUUAUUGAUGUAUUAGGAAACUGUAGAACCAUUGAAUUGUAAUAAUGUGUAUUAGACAAAAAACAGAGUGACUUAAUAAAAGCUUGAAACUUAGACAACUAGGCCAGAUUAACGAUCUGGAGAGCAAACGCCUUUGACACUCUCACUGAACAGAAAGUGACCCUGGUUAUAGGUUAAAGUUAUUGCACUAAAGAAUA